UUAUUCUGCUGGUGUAUUUGUUCUCGUGCAGCUCAAUUCGGAGGCUGCAGGUUAGAUCAAGAGAGAGAGAGAGAGAGAGAGAGAGAAGAACAGAAGGAGAAGCAAAGGCGGAAUCUUCUUGAUGACUGUAAGGUGUAAUUAGAGACACUUUCCAUCUGUUACAGCAUGCAGGCUCUUCUCGCUCGUGCCAUGAAGGAGAUGUUUUUACUGGCAUCGCUCGCGCUCCUCAGCCGCGUGCCUUCCACCGGCUCUACCGAUUACGAAUACGUCUGGGUCGCGCGUACCUACGAACAGAACCGCUGCACGGAAAUCCCCAAGGACCUGGGGCUGUGCCACGGCAUCGGCUACACGCAAAUGCUGCUGCCCAACCUGCUGGAGCACGAGAGCAUGGCGGAGGUGAAGCAGCAGGCGGGCAGCUGGGUGCCGCUCGUGCACAGGAGGUGUCACGCGGACACGCAGGUUUUCCUGUGCUCGCUGUUUGCGCCGGUGUGUUUGGAUAAACCGGUUCAUCCUUGCCAGCAGCUCUGUGAGUCUGUGCGCGACGCCUGCAGCCCCAUCAUGGAGGCGUUUGGCUUCAUCUGGCCAGAAAUGUUCAACUGCAGCAAGUUUCCACGUGAAGAAAAAGAGAUGUGCAUCACUAAGAACCAUACGAGAAAUCUUGAAGUGUCUGAACGGAUGUCCUGUCCACAAUGUGACACCGGGAUGGACUUCAUUCUGCAGAACAUGUGCGCCAGUGACUUCGCCAUGAAAGUGAAAAUAAAGAAAACAAAAACAGAGAGUGCGGAUAAGAAGGUGACUAUCCAGAAGAGGAAGAAAAUGAUGUGGAAAAAAAAUCGGAGCAUGCAGGAAUUUAGGAAGCUGGUGUUGUACCUAAAAAACGGCGCUUAUUGUCCCUGUCCACAACUGGACAAUAUGGAGAAUCAUUAUCUAAUCAUGGUACGCAAAGUGGACCAACACUACUUGCUGACUGGCAUCCACCAGUGGGACGAAAAGAGCUCAGAGUUCCAGAAGCUUCUGGACCAAAUCAAAACCAACAAAUGUUUUGAACCGGCUUUUAAAUAAUUAAACCCAACACGACCGCGACACAUCUGAUAACGAUCCUGUAGAGUUUACGCCUUAGUAAUUUUGCAGCUUUAUGCAACCAGGCCAUGUUUUUAAAACGGAUAACAAUAUCGUAGAAAACCCAAUAGGGCUGGAAGAUAUGACCAAAAUCAUCAUAUUAUGAUACGUUAAGACAAAAUGUAUUCUAGGAUUCACAACCUAGCAAAAAGAGACGUAUGAAAAACCGAGUGUAACGAUAUCCAUAUCUAUCAUCAUAUCCAUCAUAUCUCCCAGCCCUAAUCCACUGUUGAGACUUCCUUCAUCUUAGUAAUAACCAACAUAAACCAUUAUUAUGCGAAAUAUAUCAUUACAUAUGUUACAUAAAUAUAUUAUAUAUGUAUAUACAAUAUUAACACUUUUAUUUACAUAUUCGUAAUCUUUCCUGAAUUUUUUUUUUUUUUUUAAUUUUGGUCUUUCAGAAACUCUAUCUUUGUUUGGUUUGCAUUCUCCUUUUUUAUAUCUAAUAUACACUGUAUUGCCAAAAGUUUUGGGACGUCUGCUUUUACCGCCCUUUACAGCUAUAACAGCUUCAACUCUUCUGGGAAGGCUUUCCACAAGGUUUAGGAGUGUGUUUAUGGGAAUUUUUGACCAUUCCACUAGAAGCAAAUUUUUUUAGGUCGGGCACUGACAUUGGACGAGAAGGUCCGGCUCGCAGUCUCCGCUCUAAUUCAUCCCAAAGGUGUUCUAUCAGGUUGAGGUCAGGACUCUCUGCAGGCCAGUCAAGUUCCUCCACACCAAACUCUCUCAUCCAUGUCUUUAUGGACCUUGCUUUAUGCACUGAUGUGCAGUCAUGCUGGAACAGGAAGGGGUCAUCCCCAAACUGUUCCCACAAAGUUGGGAGCAUGAAAUUGUCCAAAAUAUCUUGGUAUUCUUAAGAGUUCCUUUCACUGGAGGGAAACCCAAACCCUGAAUUCAAUGACUUGGAGGGGUGUUCCAAAACUUUUGGCAUUAUAGUGUAUAAGCAUUCAUUCAUUCAGUUCUGUAUUUGCUGUAUUACAGAUAGGAUCAUCCGUGUAUUCUCACAUAUUACUCUGCUUCUUCUUUAUAUCGAAAUAUUCCCAUUGAACUAGUCAUGUGUUGGAUAUCAGAUGCAGUCCUGUGGUCCAUGUAGGAGGAGUCUCUCUUGUUUCAACUUUUGUAAGGUGUUGAAGGGAUAUUAAUUUGAACGCAUUCGUUAACCUCAUUAGUUUUGUUCAUCAAACCUGUAUUCAAUGAAAUGUUGUUCGUUUUUUAAAUUCAGUAUACAGUACGCACAAAAUGAAACUGAUCAAAUGUCACUGUAAGAUGGAAAUUUUUUACAGACGUCUAGAUGCAGUGCUCAAGUUAUUGCUAUGUGCUAAAAUUACACCUGCAUUUAUUUUUCAUGAUAACUCAAAUUUGUAAACAUGGAUUUAAUGACAUUUUGAAUUAAACCUUUUCUUACCGUAAUGCCUUUUGUAAUA